AUGCCGAAUUUCAAAAUCCAACCCCCAACCCCAGCCCACGCAACACUAAGCUACCCAUCUCCGCACGUCCUCCUCGUCACACUCUCCCGCCCCCGCGACCUAAACUGCAUCAACGCGCAAGGCCACGCAGACCUACACUCAGUCUGGGAAUGGCUAGAUGAAGAGCCAAGUCUACGAGUCGGAGUCCUCACAGGACAAGGACGGGCCUUUUGCGCAGGUGCCGAUCUAAAAGGUGAGACCUGGGACUCCGAGCUCGAUCGCAUGCACUCUCAUCCAGCAACUAACGUCAUGGUUAUAGAAUGGAACACGCGCGCCUCGUCUUCUAAAUCCACACCCAUGCCUAACAGUGGCUUUGGCGGUCUUGCGCGCCGCAAGGGUAAGAAGCCUGUUAUCUGCGCUGUGAAUGGGAUUUGUCUUGGUGGGGGCGCGGAAAUGAUUAUCAAUGCUGAUAUUGUGAUUGCGUGGACUGGGGCUGUUUUUGGAUUGCCGGAGGUUAAGAGGGGGGUUGUUGCGUUGGCGGGGGCUUUGCCGAGGCUUGUUCGGACGGUGGGCAAGCAGAGGGCUAUGGAGAUGGUUUUGACGGGGAGGAUGGUUGGUGCUGUGGAGGCUGAGAAGUGGGGGCUUGUGAAUACUUUGGUUGAUGCUGGGAAGGUGGAGAAGGGAGAGGCUGGACAGGCGGUUGUUUCGAAGGCUGUCGUUGCGAAGGCUUUGGAGGUCGCUGCGGAGAUUGCGGGGAAUAGUCCUGAUGCGGUGCUUGUUAGUCGGGAGGGAGUGAAGUUGGGGUGGGAGGGAGUCGGAGCUGAUGAGGCGACGUCUAUGUUGAGUGAGACUUGGGUGAAGAGGUUGUAUGAGGGGGAGAAUAUCAAGGAGGGUCUGACGGCUUUUGUGGAGAAGAGGAAGCCUGUCUGGGCUGAUAGUAAACUUUGA